CUGUUAGUUUGAUUUCAACCGAGGAUAGAUAAACACUCCAAGUGAAAGCUCCACGGUGGCCAGACACCCUAUACAGCUUUCAGAAUCGUGUUGAAGACGUCCGACCCGCGGUGGAACGCAAGAAUGCAAGCCAUGAAAAUCGCCAUCAUUGGAGCAGGGGUGAGCGGAUUAACUUCCAUCAAAUGUUGUUUGGACGAAGGGCUCGAGCCAGUUUGCUUUGAGAAAUGCUCCGACAUCGGGGGACUCUGGAAAUUUUCCCAACAUGUGGGCGAUUCAAGCGGCUCUGUUUAUGAAUCUACAGUUAUUAACACCAGCAAAGAAAUGACCUGCUUUUCAGAUUUUCCAGCACCAAAGCAUUUUCCGCCAUUUAUGCCUCAUGGCCAUGUGAUAGAGUACCUACACAUGUAUGCAAAGCAGUUUGACCUCCUCAAACACAUUCACUUCAGUGCUACAGUGCUGGACAUCAGCCGAACUUCAGACCACCAGAAAACAGGACAGUGGAAAGUGACUUCCGCGAAUGGCGAGGGAAUUGUCAGCGAAACUAUUUUCGGCGGCGUAAUGAUUUGCAACGGUCACCUCUCGAAGCCAUUCAUCCCCAAAUUCAACGGACUAGAGAAAUUUCGGGGACGCAAACUCCACAGCCAUGAGUACAAAAGUUAUCGAGGAUUUGAAGGCAAAGCGGUUCUAGUCAUAGGUCUCGGAAACUCUGCUGCUGAUAUUGCGGUCGAACUGAGCCGGCACACCACUCGGGUUUACCUCAGUACCCACAGGGGAGCCUGGGUAAUUUCACGCCUGGAGAAGCAUGGACUGCCCUGGGACCAGCACGUGGAAACGAGGUUCUUUCAAAGCUUUCCGACCAAGAUCAAAGAAUGGCUAGCUGUUCGCACCGCUCAGAAAAGGUUUGACCACGAGACGUACGGACUCCGUCCCCAACACGGUAUUUUGAAUGCCCCUACGGUAAUUAGUGACGACCUCCCCCUUCGUAUUGCCACUGGAACUAUCAAACUGCAGCCUAGGGUGUCUUAUUUCACAUCAAGAGGCGUCGUUUUCACCGACGGCACGAAAGUCGAUAACCUGGAUAUUGUGAUAAUGUGCACUGGGUACGACAUCGGGUUCGAGUUUCUAAAAGACAAAUACAUCCUUCCAGUCGACGAGAACCAAGUAUCCCUAUACAAACAAGUGUUCCCACCCCACCACCCCAAGUCAACCUUGGCUUUCCUAGGUCUGAUCCAGUCCUCUGGCGCGUUCUUUCCCGCGGCUGAGUUGCAGGCACGCUGGGUGACCCGCGUGUUCAAUGGGAAGGCUAAGCUACCCAGCAGAGAAGUCAUGUUGUACAACAUAGGUCUGGAGAAAAGAAUGAUCAGGAAAACUUUUUACUCGUCAAGGAGGCUCACUAUCCAGGUAUCCAGUAUUCCGUACAAGGACCAACUAGCGGAAAUGAUUGGCUGUAAACCAGACUUCAGAAGACUCUUUUUCAGAGACCCUCUCCUGGCCUUCAAGUGCUAUUUUGGACCUUGCUGUGCGGCCCAAUACCGCCUUAUGGGACCUGGGGCCUGGUCCGGAGCCAAAAAGACCAUCGAAGACACGUACAGUAACGAGAUGUUCCCACACGUGGGAAGAAGAAAUAAAACGCCCACCAGCAUAUCACAAAGUGUGGUGAAAUUCCUCAAGUUGGUCUUCAUGUUUGUAACUGUUGCAACAAUCAACGAAUUGUCCCAAGAUCUAAGAGGAGAGUGGGACGCAGUGGUUGGCUGGCUGAGGGCGGCGCGAUAAGCUGUGGUGCCCGGA